UCGUGGGCGGACACUCUGCAGCAGAGACUGCUUCCUGGGAGCCAGGCACUGGCCCUUUCCUGGGUCCUUUAGAGGGCACAGUGGUUCCCAGCGCACCCUGGCCGGUUCCCACUAAGCCACACAAUGGGAUUGUGACGCGGACACUCCCGGGCACCCACACCCGUGCACUCUGUGAAUGAUGGGUGACAACAGUCUCUCUGAGCAUCCCAGCCCCGUGGAAUUUCUCAAUGUCCGUUUGGGAGACAACCUGCAGCCCCACCCAAGAGUGCACCCGAGGGGAGUGUGCAGCCAUCCGGACCCGCCUGAACUUCUCCGGGGACAGACCUGGGCGUCUGACCCCCCUGAGUCUGUGAGGCGAGACACUCCCCCUGGGGGCUGCGGCGCGGAGCCCACAGGCCUGGGGGAUGGCUUUUCCCAGCGGAACCCAGACCGGAGCCGGAGCUCGUCCGCCCAGGUGGUGUUCUGGGCCGGCAUCCUACAGGCGCAGAUGUGCGUCCUAGACCUGGAGGAGGAGCUGGAGAAGACAGAGGGGCUCCGGGCUGAGCUGCGGUCCUGCCUCCCCAUGGCCCCUGCUGCCCUCCCUUCCUUCUCCUCCAGCCGGGGGAGCCCCUUGGACACGGGCCUUCUCCCCAGCCCACCUGCAGAGGAGGCCUUGGGGGAGGACAGCAGCGGGCCUGAGGGUGAGGGCCAGGACGCUGUGUGGCCGGCCGAGGGGACCCCAGGCUCCUCCCUGGAGUGGGGUGCUGAGGACGAGAGAGUGUUCUUCGACAACCCCCUCUUCCUGGAGAGCUCCCACUCGGACUCUGCUUCUGUGCCUCACUUCUCCUGGGAGCUCCCAGACACCUGUACUGAUGAGAGGCCUGAGAGUCCACAGACCCUGCAGCCUCCACUCCUGAGAGAUGGGGUGCCGUGGGGGCUGGGAGAUGAGCCAGACUCGGGGGACGUUUCAGCUGGUUCCAGUGGGUGCACCACCCCCUCAUUUCCUGUACCCAUCUACCAGCCACACUGCUGGGCCCCAGUGGCCACCACCGACAGGCAUCCCUCUGCACCUUGCGGCCGGGGAGAUAGUGAGACUUCUCUGGCAGAUAGUCUUGACCCUGAAGCAUCCCUUGUGGACAAAGCAUUGACCUGGGAAACAGGACAUGUUGGAUCUGACCCUAGCCCUGGCUCCCAUCCAGUGCGACCUUGGGCUCUGCCCAGUGCCAAGGGCUGGCAGACAGGACGAGGUCCUUCCUGGCCUCAGGUGCCUCUCAUCUCCCAGGACAGAAGUGACAGAGAUGCUGAGCGUCCCCAGGACUCUGCUUCCUGCACCUCAGCCCCUGGCCCCUGGGAGUGCCCAGCCUCUUCAUUAGAGCCAGGCAGCCCUGAAUCUGUGAGCAGAGGCCCCAGUCCUAGGCCCAGCCCCGAGUCCUCCCGGGAAGGCAGCCCACAGCCCCAGGGCGGCCAUUCCGGCAGCAUCUUCCCUGAGUGGACAGGAGAUGCUGCCCGUCCUUCACUCCUGGAGACAUACGAGGCAGAGCCGAGUUCCCUGGAGAGAGAGGAGGCCGAGGAGGCCCUGGGGCCAGCAGAGGAGGUGAAGAGUGAGAGAGCCGGCCAGCCAGACGUGUCUGUGGCUGCUUCUGAAGGGCUUCCUGAGAGCCCCACGCCCCACAUGCCAUCCCCAGAGGAGAGCCAGAGCCCGCAGGCUGGAGACAAGCUGGCUAAUGGUGUGAGGACCCACCAGCUGGCCUGGGACCUGGCCUCCCGCCUCUACCGCCUGGAGGGUUUCCGGAAGUCUGAAGUGGCUGCCCACCUGCAGAAGAACAACGACUUCAGCAGGGCUGUGGCCCAGGAGUACCUUGCCUUCUUCCACUUUGGUGGCCAGAGUCUGGACCACGCCCUCCGGGGCUUCCUCCAGGCCCUGGUGCUCAGCGGGGAGACCCAGGAGCGGGAGCGCGUCCUGUACCAGUUCUCCAGGCGCUUCCAUCACUGCAACCCUGGGCUCUUCCCCUCAGUGGACUCUGUGCACACCCUGACCUGCGCUACCAUGCUCCUGAACACGGACCUACACGGACAGAACAUCGGGAGGAGCAUGAGCUGCCAGGAAUUCAUAAGCAACCUGAACGGCCUGCAGGAGGGCGGGAACUUCCCCAAGGAGCUGCUGAAGGCCCUGUACUGGUCCAUCCGGAGCGAGAAGCUGGAGUGGGCUGUGGACGAAGACGACGCAGCCAGACACGAGAAGGCCCGGCCGGCCCCUCUGGCCAGCAAGACGAGCAACCCCCUCCUCCAGCUGGUCCAGGACCCGACGGUGCCCACCUAUAAGCAGGGCGUCCUGGCUCGGAAGAUGCAUCACGAUGCAGACGGCAAGAAGACGCCAUGGGGCAAGCGCGGCUGGAAGAUGUUCCACACAUUGCUGCGAGGAAUGGCCCUCUACUUCCUGAAGGGAGAGGACUACGGUCCCGAGGGGCAGAUGGUUGACGAGCCUGUGGGAGUGCACCACUCGCUGGCCACCCCGGCCACCUAUUACACCAAGAAACCACACGUCUUCCAGCUGCGGACUGCAGACUGGCGCCUCUACCUCUUCCAGGCACCCACCGCCAAGGAGAUGAGCUCCUGGAUCGCGCGUAUCAACCUGGCCGCUGCUACGCACUCGGCGCCGCCCUUCCCCGCCGCGGUGGGCUCCCAGCGAAGAUUCGUGCGGCCCAUCCUGCCCGCGGGCCCCGCCCAAAGCUCCCUGGAGGAGCAGCACCGAUCCCACGAGAACUGCUUGGACGCUGCCUCCGACGACCUGUUGGACCUGCAGAGGAACUUACCCGAGGGGCGCAGCCGCAGCCGCGAGCUGGAGGAGUACCGCCUGCGGAAGGAGCAUCUGGAGCAUGAGAAAACCCGUUACGAGACAUACGUACAGCUGCUGGUGGCCCGUCUGCACUGCCCUGCAGAUGACCUGGACCUGUGGGAGGAGCAGCUGGGGAGGGAAGUUGGAGCCACCCAGGGGCCCAAGCCCGGUCUAAAGAAGUCACAUUCAAGCCCAUCCUUGCACCAGGACGAGGCACCCACCACUGCCAAGGUGAAGCGCAAUGUCUCAGAGCGUAGAACCUACCGGAAGGUCAUCCCUAAGCGGGGCCGCCAACAGCUGUGAAACAGUUACAAAGAAGACUGGCCCUCUCGGAGUCCCUGGGAUGACUCCUGUGGGGAGCCUAUCAGUGGCCCACAGUGAGGGCGAGGCCCCUCACCUCUGCUGGAGGACAGGCUCCUGCUCUGAGCUUUGCCAGUACUGCUAUGCCCGCCCCUGUGACAGGUCCUCGGCUGCCCUGGUCCCUGGACACUCCUGAGGGGGGCGUGUAGGUCAAGGAUUUGGUUACACUCGCAGUUGGUCCUAUGCCACUCUCCACCCCUCCAGAAGCCCAAGUGGCCAUGGUUCCUGGGCCUUUAUUUGAGAAUCAGAGUGGUGGGCCCUCGGCUUCCGGGAGAGCCUGGGGCAGCAGAGGCCCUGGAGGAGAGUCAAGUGACCUACUGGUCCAGGCCCUGGGAGAUCUCAGCCGGCCUCCUGUGACUGAGGGAGCAAGGUCGCUCAGGCCGCGGAGGGGACAGCCUUCUGGGUAGGGCUCUGGGGCCUGGGCCUUUGUCCCUUUUUCCCUAGACUCAUCCCUGCAUCCGUGUCCCUGUGCCUGAGGCGGCCAAGAGUGCCUGCCUUUCAUGCCCAAUUGCUAACCAACAGAGCAAGGCCAAUGGCCCGAAAGGGUGGGGACUCCCAGAGCUAUGCAGGGAGCCCUGGAACAAGGGGCCUUUGUGUCCCCAGAGCCAGCUGGGCAGGAGGUUCAGACCCCUAGGGAGGCCCGGAUCCCUGCCCCACCUCCUUCCUUAAAGCUCCAUCCCCAGGAUCCUCUGGAUCCCUUCCCUUCUGAUGGGCUCACAGGCUUCUCUGCCCGCCCCCCGCCUUGAGCUGCCCUCUGGCCGCUCCCAGCUGGGCCUGCCCUGGGGGUGGAGCAGGCAGUCUGGACACUCCCAAACCCGAGGCUGUGCCUGUGGGAAGGGGGCUGGGCUGGAGGAGCAGCCACCAUUGUCUCUGUUCACCCAAGUGUGCCCGCAGGCUGCCUGCCAAGAGGGGCCUCUGCUGCUCCCUGCCGCCUGCAGCCUGCUGGCUGGCUGAUGGCUGCCUCCACAGCCAGUCUGCGGCCCUCCUCCCAGCUGUGCUUGUAAGCAGCCCUGGGGCCGGAACUGCCCCCAAGUGGGGGCACAAGAAGUGUCUGACCGGGCCUGGGGCUGAGCCAAGCACCCAAUGGGUGUGCAGUAAAUAUGGCCUGUAAAGAAGGAGGUGUGCACGAGUGUGGCAGCUCUGAGCAGCUGGGGACACAUGCAUGGUUUCGGGCUGCAUUCCCCUCUGCCCGGUGGCAUACGCAUAUCUCCGAGUAUAUAUGUGUGUCUGCGUGUGUGUGCGUGUCUGAGUGUAUAUGUGUGCCUGCGAGUAUGUGUGUCUGUGAGUGUGUGCAUAUGUCUGUGAAGAUAUGCGUGUCUGCAAAUGUACAUUUGUGUCUGUGUAUGCAAAUCUGUGAGUGUGUAUCUGUGAGUGUCAAUGUUUGCAUGUGUGUCUGUGUGCCUGCAGUUGUGUAUGCCUAUGUUUAUAUGCAUGUCUGUGUAUCUGUGUGUGCAUGUGUAUCUGCGUGUCUCUGUGUCUACAUCUGAUUGUGUCUGUGUAUAUGCAUGCCUGCGUGUGUGUAUGCAUUCUUGUGCAUGUGUGUAGAACACUGUGUGUUUGUAUGUAGGAGUCACACGUUUACAAACUGUCAAAAGCUGGAGGGUACCUCAGAAUCAUAUUCACCAGGUCCUUCAUUUACUCACUUCACAAAUGAUCCAGGCCACUUUUUAUGGACCAGUACUCAGGGGUUCAAAACUGAAUUGAACAUACCCGUGACUUCUCAGAGGUGGCAGUUCUGCCCUGUGGUUCCCAGAUGUUAGCAGAGAGACACAUUCAUCUUGCGGGGAAGGUGAGCUGACACAUUCCUGCCUGCGCGCAGGAUUUGGAUCACUGGUUCUGGGUCUGGGUGUGGAUGUGCACUCCUAAAGCCUUCUGGGUAACUGUGCAGUGCAGGCAACAGCACAGCGGAGUCCGAUUGUCCGUGUUAUUGGGCUGGACAUAACUCCGCCCAGUACUGAAGCUUGUAGCUAGAUGGUCUUGGGUGGGUUAUGGGACCUUACCAAACAUGUAUUCUAAUUUCUAAAACCAGAAUAAAAGGCAGAGGUUUGUGUGCA